CAUCCCAAAUAAACGAAUUUAUCUUCGACGAAUCAAUUUCGUGCGAGUUUAUCUUCGAAAUAACUGAUAAUUAAAAGGGUUGAAGGGAGUUGGAAUGUAUUUUUCCUUGUGAAAACAAAAAAUUGUAAACGGCAUAGUUUUGGGUGUUAAGACCCACUUACCAUAUCUGCAAGAGCAGGAAAAACUACCAUCAGCAACCUCUUUCAGUUAAUAAUUUUUUUUUCGAUAGUUAAGGUUGCCAUGGUUUAAUCCUAAUCAGUACAAUUGAAGGAAGCCAUUGACCAAUCAAUUCCAAGUUCGUUGCUGUGUCAAGUAUCGUCUUUAGUGGACAUUCAAGGACUACAUUGGGCCUCCAUUUCUUCACUUCAAAGUCCAUCUUUGAAUUUUUAUUUAACUUUUCUCAUAUAUUGACAAAACAACUUAGAAAAAACCAAUGCAAGAAAUCCUGACUCUGACUCUUCAACUUAGGUUCAAUUCAUGCCAGGAUUUUACUUCUCCCCCACUUCUGACCAAGUAAAAAAGUCAGAUUAGUUCUUUGAAUGUAAGCUUGAAAGCUAGGAUCUUUUGGUGUGAAAAAGAACUUGCAUUUGGGCAUUCGGGAUGGUUUUUAGAUAGAGAAACAACAUUGGGUUGCUUAGGGUUUCGAUAGUUAAAAGCUAUGGAUGAGCUUGGUUCUUUGGAUGUUAAGCUCUGAUAGUACCAGAAACGUUAGGUUGAUUAGGGUUUUGGAUGUUUAAUAGCUAUGGCUGGUUCUGGGAUAUCAUCUGAAUCUGGGUCUGGAGUAUCCGGUUCUGGGGCUUUCCGUGAUGAUGAGAACUGUCACAAACAAGUGUCGCCUAUAAGGGGUGGUGGGUCGAGGAAUACAAGCCCAUCCGGUCGUGUAGGGUCGAGGAACACUAGUCCCUCUAGGCAGAAGGUGAUAAAGACUAAACCACGGGGUUUAGAUGAGGAAACAGUUGCUACAUUUGGUAAGGUGGUUCAUCCUGAUGUUCAAAUGGAAGAUAACAUAUGGGCAAUGUUGCCUGAGGACUUACUGAAUGAGAUUUUAGCAAGGGUUCCCCCAUUUAUGAUAUUUCGGCUUCGUUCAGUUUGUAAAAGAUGGAAUUUGAUACUGCAAGAUCAUAGUUUUCUUAAGUUUCAUUCACAAGUGCCAUCACAUGGGCCAUGUUUGCUUACAUUUUGGAAGAACUCACAGACUCCACAAUGCUCCGUGUUUAGCCUGCCAUUAAAAACAUGGUAUCGAAUUCCCUUCAAUUUUUUGCCUCAGUGGGCCUUCUGGUUGGUUGGCUCUUCGGGUGGUCUAGUUUGCUUUUCUGGACUCGAUGGUCUAACAUUUAGAACUUUAGUGUGUAAUCCUCUUACGCAAACUUGGAGAACACUUCCAAGCAUGAACUAUGACCAGCAAAGACAGUUGAUUAUGGUUGUGGAUCGAACUGACAAAUCGUUUAAAGUUAUAGCGACUAGCGAUAUUUAUGGUGAUAGGUCACUCCCCACUGAAGUUUACGAUUCAAAGAUUGAUAAGUGGACAGUUCACCAGAUAAUGCCUGCAGUUAAUCUUUGCUCCUCGAAGAUGGCGUAUUGUGACUCCAGGUUAUACUUGGAAACCCUUUCACCACUUGGCUUGAUGAUGUAUCGACUGGACUUGGGAUAUUGGGAACAUAUUCCAGCAAAGUUCCCUAGAUCUUUGUUAGAUGGUUACUUGGUUGCUGGGACACACAAGCGCCUGUUUCUGGUUGGAAGAAUUGGUCUCUAUAGUACUUUACAGAGUAUGAGAAUUUGGGAAUUGGAUCAUGCUAAGAUUUUGUGGGUAGAGAUAAGUAGAAUGCCACCCAAGUAUUUUCGAGCUUUAUUGAGGCUAUCAGCCGAGAGAUUCGAGUGCUUUGGACAGGAUAAUCUUAUCUGCUUCACAUCUUGGAACCAAGGGAAGGGCCUUCUUUAUGACGUGGAUAAGAAGGUUUGGUCAUGGAUUGCCGGCUGUGCUCUUCAGUCAUUCAAUAGUCAAGUUUGUUUCUAUGAGCCAAGAUUUGACGCCUCCGUCCAAUGAGCUGAAAAUCUUCCCAAGGAAAAUCUUUCUUUUGUAAGAAAGGGAUUGUGCAUCAAGUGGUUAUGUUUUGAUUCCAUUUGGAACUCGAUGAUGCAUAUCGACACCUGGCAGAAAUGUACUUUGAUGAGUAGAUGAGGCCCUGGGCUUCUUGAAGGUGUGCAUAUCAUGGGAUUAUAUAUUAGAGAGGAAUUGUAAGAGAUGAUUUUGCACUUGAGCUCUUAGUUAAUAUAUGGCACAUAGGAAGUUUGAUUUCAUAGUAUCAUUUUAAUUCCUUGCCUAAUGGUCUAUAUAUCCUGAUGGCUGAUUCUUCACCACAGACAGCUUGUACACAUUUUCAUUUUUUGUAGAAUGAUUUUCGUCCCUUUUAUUGAUGCAGGAACUCUUUUAAA